AUGGCCAAGAGAAAGUCUGAGAGAGAUCCCGAGGAUCUGCCUGAUGCGCCGGAGAAGCGCACGCAGCAAGAUGGCGACGACUCUGGGAGCGACGAGGAAAUGGACAUAGUGAACGUCGAUUUCGAAUGGUUUGAUCCGCAGCCAGCCGUUGACUUCCACGGGCUUAAGAACCUGUUGCGCCAACUCCUCGACGUCGAUGCGCAAUUAUUCAAUCUCUCAGAACUCGCCGAUCUUAUAUUAUCGCAACCGCUCCUAGGAAGUACCGUCAAGGUUGACGGCAAUGAAACGGACCCAUACGCUUUCCUUACAGUCUUGAACCUGCAGACACACAAGGACAAGAAAGUAAUUAGCGACCUGACAUCCUACCUGUCGAAAAAAGCUUCCUCAAUCCCCACUCUCGCGCCAUUACUCGCCGAAUCUUCUACGGCACAAGUUGGCCUUAUUUUGACCGAGCGCUUUAUCAACAUGCCACACGAGGUCGUGCCCCCAAUGUACACCAUGUUGCUUGAAGAGAUUCAAUGGGCGGUCGAGGAAAAGGAGCCCUACACAUUUACCCACUAUCUCGUGCUCUCAAAAUGCUAUUCCGAAAUCCAAUCGCAACUACCGAGCGGAGAUGCGCCGCCGAGCAAGAAGAAGAACAAGAAGGCCGACGUUGGCCAAGAGACGUUUUACUUCCAUCCUGAGGACGAAGUGCUACACAAGCAUGCGGUGGGCUUCACGGACUUUGAUUAUGAUACCCCAGUAGACGAGGGUGCGAGCGACAGCAAGAGGGCGUUUCAGGAAUUGGGAGUCAAGCCCAAGGGACACAUGGUGCUAAUUGAGGCGGAUAAGUUCAAGGGCGCUGUGGAGGCUGUCAAGACCUACCUAAACGGACAAUGA